AAUUUGAUCUCUUAUGUGAAGAACCAAAUUGAGUGAUAAUUUUCAAAAUUAACUGACAAAUUGGAUGAUGCUGUAAUGUUAGGAAUAGAAUUGAUGGAUGAUGCAAUUUUAGAAACCAAGUUGACUAAUAAUUAUUAAUUUGUUUGGGGAACUAAAACAUCUUUGUAAUAGUUCAGGGACUAAUAUGGAGUAUUGCUCUUUACGUUUUGCUACUUAAAAGUGAUGACAAAUAAUGAUAUUUAAAAAAAAAAGCUAUACAAAAGUAUUUCUUCAAAAUAAAUUAAUUCUGAUUUGCUUAUUUCUAUUGUUUAUAUGUGUUCUAGCCAUAGCGUGGAUGAUAACCUUAGUAAAGCACAGAGCUCAAGUGUCUUCCCUGAGCAAUUCUUACAUGAACACACCAACCAAAAGCUUAGAUGUAUUAAAUUGGUGCAUAUGAUGAUUGGUUAUAUAUGGUGGUUUCAGCGAGUUUAUUAAUAUAUUAAUAUGAAUUAUGAAUAUUAAUAAAUCUCUUUGCUGCUGAGUGAUGCUAAUACUUUGAUUGAAUUGAAAUUCCUGUGAGUGAGGGUGACUUUAAGACGUUUAGGCUUGGGUUUAUUUCAUUUUAAGAUGUGACAGUUUGUUUUGGUACAAUGGUAUCAGUAUGGUUUGAACCAAUGACCUCAUGCUAACUACCAAGCCUCUCACAAGAUGCUAGAGAUCAAGAGGGAAAUUUCUAUCAUGAAGCUAGUCAGGCAUCCAUAUGUCGUUCGUCUACACGAGGUUCUAGCAAGCCGUACUAAGAUUUAUAUCAUAUUGGAGUUUAUUACAGGUGGUGAAUUGUUUGAUAAAAUUGUAAGCCAUGGGCGUCUUAGUGAAGCUGAAUCUAGAAGAUACUUCCAACAGCUUAUUGAUGGUGUAGAUUUUUGCCACAGCAAGGGAGUUUAUCAUAGAGAUUUAAAGCCUGAAAAUCUUUUACUUGAUUCACAAGGAAAUAUAAAGAUUUCAGAUUUUGGUUUGAGUGCAUUUCCAGAACAGGGGGUCAGUUUGCUUCGGACAACUUGUGGGACUCCUAAUUAUGUAGCUCCUGAGGUACUCAGUCACAAGGGUUAUAAUGGGGCUCCAGCAGAUGUUUGGUCCUGUGGAGUUAUCCUCUACGUUCUAUUGGCUGGAUAUCUUCCCUUUGACGAACUUGAUCUAACUACGUUGUACAGUAAGAUUGAGAAAGCACAGUUUUCGUGCCCUCCUUCGUUUCCUGUGGGAGCAAAGUCUUUAAUACACACAAUGCUGGACCCAAAUCCUGAACGUCGUAUAACCAUUGAGCAGAUAAGGAAUGAUGAGUGGUUUCAAAAGGAAUAUGUUCCGGUCAGUCUCAUCGAGUAUGAAGAUGUAAAUCUGGAUGAUGUAAAUGCUGCAUUUGACAAUGAUGAGGAUCAGAGGACUAACCAGCAAUGUGAGAAUGACGACAUGGGUCCUCUAACUCUUAAUGCAUUCGACAUGAUAAUUUUAUCUCAAGGCUUAAACCUUGCAACCCUAUUUGAUCGUGGACAGGACUCUAUGAAAUACGAAACGCGCUUCAUCAGUCAAAAGCCACCAAAGGUGAUUUUAUCAAGUAUGGAAGUUGUGGCACAAUCAAUGGGAUUUAAGACACAUAUUCGCAACUAUAAGAUGAGAAUAGAGAGUAUCUCAACAAAUAAGGCUUCUUAUUUCUCAGUUAUACUAGAAGUCUUUGAAAUUGCUCCUACAUUUUUCAUGGUGGAUAUUCAGAAAGCAGCUGGAGAUGCUGGUGAAUAUCUCAAGUUUUACAAGAAUUUUUCUAGCAAUCUUGAGGAUAUCAUGUGGAAACCGCCCCACGAAACAAGCAAAUUAAGGAACUCCAAGACCAAAGGGCAGUGAGUUUCAUGAAACAAGCAAAUUCUGCUCUGAUUGUAAGAACAAAAACAUAGUUAUGGAGACCCUGAGCCUUAUAUAUAUAUCUUUAAAAGGCUGAAAAGCCACUAAGCCAGCUCGGCUAUGCCACCUCCUUAGUAUCUUUAACCAACCCAAGUUUUUUUUAUCCCUAUACAAAUAGAAGACCAAAUUCAAAUUCGAAACAGAAAAUAGGAAUCAGGUAUAAAGACAGAUAUAUCUACAAUUUGUAAGGUUGAUGUUUGUACAUCUCUUUUUAGUUUUUAUCUCCUUUUUUUUAUCCUGCCAUUACAUUGUAUCCCGUUCCUAGUAAGAAGAGUGCUAUUGUUGAUUGAAUUGUACGAAUCUGUUUUCAAUUUCAGUUGUCUAUCUACCUAUAUAAUUUCAGUUA